AUGUCUGAGACUGUCCAAGCAGCACAGGUGCCUGUGAUGUCUCUUGCUGAUAUAAUCAAGCAACCGGGGAGGCGACAUGGGGCGGGCGGCGCUGCUGGCGGCUCUCUGCCUCUGCCUGCGCUGGGUGCCCGCGCCGUGCACGAAGCUGAGAAGAACUUUGAGGGAAUUGAGAGCAAGUUUUCCUUGAGGACAGCCAAGGAGCCUGACGAGGACUCCUGCUACCUGGUUCCUGGGCAGGUGGAAACCCUGGCACACUGCAACUUCAACUACACCAGUAAAACCUUCGUGGUGAUCCAUGGAUGGACGGUGACAGGAAUGUAUGAAAGCUGGGUCCCAAAGCUGGUGAGCGCUCUGUACAAGAGGGAACCUGACUCCAACGUCAUUGUGGUUGACUGGCUCACUCGGGCUCAGCAGCACUACCCGGUGUCUGCUGCCUACACUAAGCUGGUGGGACAGGAUGUCGCUACGUUCAUUGACUGGAUGGAGGAGGAAAUUGAGUACCCUGUCAACAACGUCCACUUGCUGGGGUACAGCCUGGGUGCUCAUGCAGCCGGGAUUGCUGGGAGUCUGACCAAGAAGAAGGUCAACAGAAUUACCGGUCUGGAUCCUGCUGGUCCCACCUUCGAGUACGCCGACGCGCCCACGCGCCUCUCCCCGGACGACGCGGACUUCGUGGACGUCCUGCACACCUACACGCGGGGCUCUCCGGAUCGCAGCAUCGGCAUCCAGAAGCCGGUCGGACACAUCGACAUCUAUCCCAACGGGGGAGGUUUCCAGCCGGGUUGCAACUUGGGAGAGGCUCUUCGUCUGAUUGCAGAAAAGGGUUUUGCUGAUGUGGAUCAGCUAGUGAAAUGCUCUCAUGAACGGUCCAUUCACCUCUUCAUCGACUCCCUCCUUUACGAAGAGAAGCCCAGCAUGGCUUAUCGGUGCAACACGAAGGAGGCCUUUGAGAAGGGCCUCUGCCUGAGCUGCCGGAAGAACCGCUGCAACAAUUUGGGGUAUAAGGUCAACAGAGUGAGGACGAAGAGAAACACCAAAAUGUACUUGAAGACUCGUGCGCAGAUGCCCUAUAAAGUCUUUCAUUACCAGGUCAAGAUCCAUUUCUUUGGGAAGACGAAUACGACCAAGACAAACCAGCCUUUCCUGAUCUCUUUGUAUGGCACUCAGGAUGAGAGUGAGAACAUUGCUUUCACACUGCCUGAGGUUUCUUCAAACAAGACAUUCUCCUUCCUGAUUUACACAGAAGUAGAUAUUGGUGACCUGCUCAUGCUAAAGCUGCAGUGGGAGAAAGACACUUUCUUCAGCUGGUCUGACUGGUGGACUCCUUUUACAUUUGACAUCCAGAGAGUCAGAGUAAAGUCAGGAGAAACUCAGAAAAAGGUGGUGUUCUGCUCCCGAGACGGCAUCUCGCACCUCGGUAAGGGAGAAGAAGCAGCGAUAUUUGUGAAAUGCAUGGAGCAGCCGGCCAACAGGAAAAGAGGAGGUGCCAAGAAAGCCUCUAAAGAAAAUUCUGCUCAUGAAUCUGCCUAGAAGCUACAAGAAUGGAGAUUUCUUUCCACACUGGGCAAGAGGAGAGUCUAUUCAUCCCAGUGAAAUGGGUGUUCAAAACCAAAUAUAUAGAAGUAUUUAUCUGCUGCUGGCUUUUUUGCCUACUAUUUCUAGCUAUUCUAGGAGACUUUUUGUAAGGAAGUCUCAGCACGCAGAAAGUUGUUACUAACCAUAAAGAUGAAAUAUUCAAAUAGUCAAAAAAAAAA